AUGGCGGGCUCCCAGCUGCCGCAGCCGCUUCUGCGGCUCUGGUGCUGCUUGCUGGCUCUGGCGCUGCUGCUGAAAUCUGGUGGGUGUUCCGGAACUACCAGUGUCACCUCUACAGGUGUUGCAGUCUCAGAGAUGGAGGACUUGGCUUCCAGUCCUCUGACUUCUCCCUCCAGCCACCCCUCCCCUACUUCAGUGGAAAACCUCAACAGCCAAGAGAGCACAGAGAGAGGCUCCAUCCCCCACCCUAGCACCCCUAGUUCAGAGGCAGAUUCCAUAACCCCCUCAAAUUCAGAGGCAACCUCCACCAUGCAGCCCACCUCCUCACAAGCAGAGACAGUCACCCACUCCAGCUCUGGCUCUCCCAGUUCAGAGCACACCCUCACCUCCCACUCUAGUCCCCUGAGUUCCAUCUCCUUGACCACCCUGCAUCGGAGCCCCACUCACCCCAAUCCCAGCACGGUGCCUUCCUCCGUGUCCUCGGCCACCACUGACGGGACAUCCGUGGCCUCUGACCUUGGUGACACUGGGGCCCCCGAGUUGCACAGGAACCCAGGGGUGGUGGUGGCCGUGUGUCUGCUGGUGUCUGUUUUGCUCAUCGGAUGUGUGAUAAUGGCCGUGAGGUACUGCCACACAGGCGUGUCUGAGUUCCAGAAGCUGGAUGAGGGGCUUGUGAGCCAAAGGUCAUCCUCUGCCUAUCACACACUGGAGUGAUCCUCAAGAGGCUGGGAUGGGGG